AAUGCUGAAUGGGGAGUACCGCCGUACUAAUCCGCCAGGGGCGUGCGUGUACUAGUGGUCAUACUCUGUGACGGUUCCGCCAUUAGAAUGCGCUGCGAAUCAUUUAGCGCGAAUUUCAAGUAGAGCCGUAGCCAAGUUUAUGUGAACAUGGCCAGCCAGUACCUGCUAUGGUCCGUGCCAAAACUCAAAUGUGCGCUCUUUCAACGAAAAGCUUCGACAGCUGGAAGGAAACUUGAACUGAUCGAGAGACUUGAAUCUUAUGACAGAAAUGAUGAUUUUGUUGGGCCAUCUGUCUCCAUCCCACGACCAGAAGAUACAUCAUGGCCAGUGUCAGGAUUUCAACAGCUGAUGCCUUCCCAUCGUCAACUGCUGCCUCCCAUUUCCAAAGAAACCAUUGAAGGUUACUUCAUCUACCGUAUGGCAGGAGACAACCAAGCUGCACAUGAUAUCAAGGCCAUAGAGAAAGGUUAUCUGAUGUUUGAGGGGGACAGGGUGCUGGCAUGCAGUGUUCACAUACGUGCAUCUACUGAUGUAUACUUAAGUGGCAUCGUCAGUGCAUCUAUGAAAAACAAGGUCACAUACAAUUACAAGGUGAAGGUAGAGAAGACCGGGGAGCCAGUCAACUCCCACUGCGAGUGUCCUGCAGGGAAAGGACCACAUUCAACCUGUAAGCACAUCGCUGCGGUGCUGUUGAUGUUGGAGCAUUUCAUCUCAACUGGCAGUGUGCAAGUUGGAAAGAGCUGUACCGAAAACUUGCAGUUGUUCCACAAGCCCAAAAAAUCGUACAAAGGAUCACCCGUAACAGCUGCAGAACUGCCGUCAAAAAGAAAAUGGUCACAGCAUAUGCUGGACGAUCCAAGGCCACAAAAAUACAGACACAUGAGUGGCUACAAUGAUCAUGUGCGCAACAUGAUGACAAACUACUGCUCAAAGUCAUCUCAUAAUAUCGCCCUUAGAUAUGUUCACCCAAAAGCUGAUGUCCAGACAGCUGCUGAGGACCAUCACUACCUUAAACAGCCAUUUACAGAGUACAUGGUUGACAUGGCACUGAAGGUAACUGAGGAAUCUGCGAAAGAUAUUGAGGCAGCAACGCAAGACCAGUCCCGGAGCCCAGUGUGGCACACAGAAAGAAAGUGGCGCCUCACAGCCUCAAGGUUUGGUGAAGUGACCAAAAUGACCAACCGAAGAAAUAAGGAGAAGUUAUGUAAAUCAAUUGUGUCCACAAAAAAAUUAUCAUGUAAGCCUGUAAUUCAUGGAAAGCAGUAUGAAAAAAGAGCACUUUCAAAAUUUGAAUCCAUGUACAAUAUCAAAACAAAAAAGGCAGGUCUAUUUGUUUCCUGUUCUGAACCCUAUCUGGGUGCUACGCCAGAUGCCAUUAUUGAUGCUGAUAUCUUGGUUGAGGUGAAAUGUCCAUAUGCUGGAAGAAAUGAUCACAUUAAACCUGGUAAACAUUUUCCAUAUCUUCAUUACAAUGUAAACAAUCAGAUCUGUUUAAAUCCCAGUAGUCACUACUACUGCCAGGUACAGGGACAGAUGUACUUAGCAAAGCGUCAAUUUUGCUAUUUUGUUGUUUACACAUUCUGUGACAUGUUUGUAGAAAAGGUCAGUGUUGAUAAAGAUUUCUGUCAGUACUCAUUAAUUCCAAAACUUGAACUGUUCUAUACCAAACAUCUAAGACCAUACAUUGCUUCUACAUUGUAAAUCAUGUUUUUUCCCUUGGAUACAUCAUUAAGGCAUUUAUGAGUCCAAGCUUGUGUACCGGUAUGUACCAAUGGUAAUAACAGUAUGUUUGAUUCCCAUUGGGAGUUUGUGUUUGUGUAUUAAGCACAAUCAGGUUGUCUUAUUCCUGAAAUUAACUCAAAAUCUAAAAAUGUCAUACAGUUAUAUCCAGAUCUAAUAGAAAUAUUCCUUGGACUUUUUGUUGAUGAUGGUCUUUUCUCUUAUUCGGUAAUUGGUCUCAAGCGUCAAAUCAACAUUUUGGAAACUUAUUGUGACAAAUGGUGACUGUUCGUCAGUCUUUAUAACUAAAGUAUCAUUUUAUGCUUGGGUGUAGUAAACUCUGUAUCACUUAAGAAAAAAAAUAUCCAAAUAAGUUCACAUAUUUUCCAAAUAUCAAUUUGUUUCACAUGCUCAUGUCAACAUCAAAUGUUAUAUUAAUACAAAUUAUUAUAUUGUGCAUACAUCAUGCAUAUUCUGUGCCUUGAUCUAUAUUUGCAAUGAAUAAGCAAUUUGAAUUGUAAAUCAUACACAUGUCCAAUAUGAUUUAGCUACCAUUAAGACAGUUUAGUGUGAAGUUGAAGAUUCAUGAAGAUUCCAUUUGAAGAAUAUACACAGUACUCAACUAAUGUUUCAUAUAUACACACAUGUUUAUUCAGACACUCAAGAGAAAGAUUUUGGGUUUCCUCUAGAUUUCACUGAACAGGUUUACAACCUGUUACCACAAGGUACAUACACAUUGUAAGAGCAUCAGUGGAGCGGUACAUUGUGCUCAGGGGUAACUACAGUACACAGAGUUAGAAAUAAUAAACUGCUGUGGUUUGAGACUAUUACAAGUCAUUGGCAAAGUUAAAAUAUUGUGGUUUUGGUUUGCCAAUCAAUUGUUUGACUAAAUAUGGUAAUACCACCAAACAAAAUGACAGCAUGUCACCUUUAUCUUUCAUUUCAAAGCUUACCAUAUGCAUAAAUAACUAAUGAAAAGAAGCAAUUUCUUUGACACAUGAGAGAUUCACAUUUUAAUAUGACAUGCGUGUGUCACAAGUUACACUCCAUACACUUUUUGGGUCGUGGGGAGAUUUUCACACUCAGUUGAAAGCCAGAAGCCAUUACAAAUGUAAGGUUAGCCUUGUAUGAAUGUUUUCAGUGGGAUAAGCCUCAAAUAACUGAAAUAUUGUGAGCCCAUCGCUGUUAAAAACGGUCUCUUUGACUACAAAUGACAUAUGUUUGAUUGAAAUGAUUCAACCUUUGAAAAAUGUUGGUGCAAAUAAUGAAGUAAUUUUCAGACAAUGUAGGACUAUAUAUAUCACACAAGUGAAUGUCAAUAGUAUUGAUUAUGUACAUCAUAUUAGGUAUUGUUAGACUUUACCUUACAAAUUGAAUUUUCAACACCACAAGUCACAUUUUAAAGCCUUAAUGAAUUCAGUUCAGCUCCAUAAAUGUGAAAAUGUAGGUAACUUUAA